CGCAAAGGCCCGGAUUUCAGUCUUGCCAAGCACGAUGGCAAUGCUACCAUCCGAAUAUCGUCGAUGGGAGCCCUUUGCACGCACGCAGGGACAAUUGCUGCUACCGCACCAGCAGUCGUUCUGGGAUGGCGUGGAUUAGUGGUCGGCGGCCAUAUCCUGACUUCUGAUCAUGUCGACUAGAGCAGCGGUUCGCCCGGCCGUCCGCAUGACCUUCUUCUGAUAAGGCUGGCUGCGCUGAUGAUGCAUCUAUCGCCGCUCGAAUACUGGCCAAUGCACGUGCGCUAAGGUUCUGGCAAUCUUCACACAGGUGCGUUUCCCAAGGACGGCAAGGCUCAGCAUUCGACGAUGAUACCUACACUCUCUGUUCUGGCGACUUCUGCAUGAGCCAUGAACUAAACAUGCAUCACCAUCUGACCCAUCAACUCCACUCCUCUAUAGCCGACGACCAGCCGCAUCUGCAGGCUGCUGACACGCUCACGCAGUGCUUUCACCACAACGGCAAUUCAGAUCAUAUUUGCGCGCAUUGGGCAGCGCGGACGCUACAUCCCUUAGAAUGUGUCGAACUGGCAGGUAUUUCGGCCGCAACCGGCGCAAGCAUCAAUACUCCCGUGCGGCAGUCUUCGAGAUGAGCUGUAAUUGCAGCGUAUUUGGCGUGCGGCACGAUCCAAAGCUCAGUGACUUCGGCGCUUUUGGAGCCACGACAACCUGAUAUUCACGAACAGCACAAGAGAAUACCUA